AACGGGCUCUGCAAGAUUGCGCUCGCCUUACGAGUCCCUAAAUCUUUAUUUUGCAGUCGCCCCUUCAUUUCCGCUCCUUGGAUCCUCCUGUUCCCCCUUUUGGUUCUUCCUAUGACACUUUUCCCCCUUUCUCUCUCUACCCCCCCCUCCCCGGCUUAGGGAAAGGCUCUAUUUUUAGCCGGGGGCAGCUCGUUCUAUUUUUAGAUCAAACAAUUCUAAGGCGUGCGUCAAUGGAACCCCGCGUGCGUCACCCGCGCAGACAUUCCGACCCCUCCCCUUGCUCCGCGAGCGCCGGAACAUUCCGCCCCUUUUUGCCUUGUAUGGUGAAGGCUGCAGCCGGGCGCGUGCGUCAGAGGAUCCCCCCUCCUCCCUUGCCCACCCCUUCGCCCGUGCGUCACAGAGAGUUUAAGAGAAUCUCCUGGCCACGGGCUGGUGAGCCCCAGUGGCUUUCUUGGUGUCUAGACUGUGUGCAGUUUUUCGUGCGGUCUCGCUCAUAUCUACGGGUUCGAUCAGCGGCGAAGAAGGGAGUCGCCGUCUCUCGAUGCAAUUUUGGGUUUUUGAAAACACAACGACUUCCCUUCCAACCCAUUAAAAAAAGUGGAAGGAACAGCAGCAAAACUACCUUUGAGCUGAGUUGGAGAUGCCCUGUAUCCAAACCCAAUAUGGGACCUUGCUUCAGAGCGGAGGGCCCUGCGAGCGCUACCCAGCAGACCUCUUGACCCCUGAGUUUGGCAAACCCACCAUGGACCUGAUUAAUACAGAGAUCGCUGCUGCCACCACCUCUCUGCCCAGCUUCAGCACCUUCAUGGACAAUUACACGGGGGAAUUUGACGCUUUCCUCUACCAGAUCCCAGCUGCAAACCCCACCACCGCCUCAUUCAAGCUGGAGGAUUUCCAAGUGUACGGCUGUUACCCAGGCUCUUUCAGCAGCCAGCUGGACGAGACCAUGUCCUCAAGCGGCUCAGACUACUACGGCAGCCCAUGCUCGGUCCCUUCCCCUUCCACGCCGAGUUUCCAGACUUCCCAGGGGCCAUCUUGGGAGAACUCCUUUGGGGCUUAUUCCCCCACACACGCCUAUGAGGGCAUGAGGCCUUGGGGAGCAGCGACGGCAGCAACCACAACAGAGCCUCUGAAAAGCAGUUCUACCCAGCCUUCCUAUUUCUCCUUUGGUGCCUCAGGUCACAGCCCUGGGGUCCCCCCACAGAGCCCCCUGAAGAUGCAGCCCACCACCCACCAGCACUUGGUGGAUGGAGAUGUCUUCUCCCUCCCGCAGCCCUCCCCAUCAGUGAGUUUUUCCCCUUUGCCACUCAGCCAGGCGUCGCCGGUCCUGGACAGCUCUGGCUUGAUGGACAAUUCUCUCUCUCCGACAAAGGCGCGCAGCCCGGGGUCCAGUGAGGGGCGCUGUGCUGUGUGUGGAGACAACGCCUCAUGCCAACACUAUGGUGUCCGGACUUGUGAAGGCUGCAAGGGGUUUUUCAAGCGCACAGUACAGAAGAAUGCCAAAUACAUCUGCUUAGCCAAUAAAGACUGCCCUGUGGACAAGCGGCGGAGAAACCGGUGCCAGUUCUGUCGUUUCCAGAAGUGCCUUGCUGUGGGAAUGGUCAAAGAAGUGGUGCGGACAGACAGCUUGAAAGGCCGGCGUGGUCGGCUACCCUCCAAACCCAAACAGACUCCAGAUGCUUCUCCGGUCAGCCUCAUCUCCUCUCUUGUGAGAGCGCACAUAGAUUCCAUACCCAGUGCCACUAAGCUUGAUUAUUCCAAGUUCCAGGAAUCUGUCUCCUACCAAUUUGAGAAGGAGGACUGUAUGGACGUGCAGCAGUUCUACGACCUGUUAACAGGAUCAAUGGAUGUGAUCCGGAAAUGGGCAGAGAAGAUCCAAGGCUUCCUAGAGCUUCCAAAAGAGGAUCAAGAUCUGCUUUUGGAAUCAGCUUUUUUGGAGCUCUUCAUUCUCCGGCUAGCAUACAGGUCCAAACCAGAAGAAGGCAAGUUGAUCUUCUGCAAUGGUGUGGUGCUGCAUCGCAUGCAAUGUGUCCGGGGCUUUGGGGAAUGGAUAGACUCUAUCAUAGAGUUCUCCCAGAGCCUCCAUCGCAUGAACAUUGAUGUGCCCUCCUUCUCCUGUCUUGCGGCGCUUGUCAUAAUCACAGACCGCCAUGGGCUAAAAGAGCCAAAGAAGGUUGAGGACCUCCAAAACCGCAUUGUCAACUGCCUUAAAGACCACGUGACUUCCACCACCAAUGAGCAGGUGCAUCCAAACUGCCUCUCGAAGCUGCUGGGCAAACUCCCUGAACUCCGCACCCUUUGCACCCAAGGCCUUCAGCGCAUCUUCUACCUGAAGCUGGAAGACCUGGUGCCCCCACCACCCAUUGUGGACAAAAUAUUCAUGGACACACUGCCUUUCUGAGGACUAAAAAGGAUGGAAGCUGCCAUUAAAGUGUGGUGCUUUCUGUUUUGGGGAAGGCAUCUUUUUUCUUCUUUUUUUUUUUGUGGCUUUGUGUCUCCCCACCCUGGAUGAGAAGAAACUGGCAGAGGGAUUUCCCUGCCAUCCCAUCGUCUGGAGGGGAGUUUGCAGGAACCUUUCCCCAGAGACAUUAGAUGGGUGUUGAAUUUUUCUAGCGGUUGGAGAAUGAAGACCACUAGCACCAUCAUGCCCACUCUUUUUCCCUUCCUCCCCCCCCCUUUCUUUUUAAGCUUGGAGUUUACUGGAACAUUGUGAAUCUCCAUGUAAUUCUCUGUCUCUUUCUGAACUUGGGACAACCUUUUUGGGUUUAUGGUGUUUUUUUAACCUCAUGGGGGGAAAUCCCAGUGUGCCUUCUAGGGUUACAUGCACAAUAUCCCUAAAUGAUGCUGCCUUUUUCCCACAUGACCUGCCAAUGGCUCCACGUGCAAUUCGGCACCUAAAUUCCAUACAGUUGCACAGAUCAGCUUUGUGUAAUACAUGUGGAAUAUGUUGGUGUUUUGUGUUUUGUUUUUAACACUCAGAGGCUGGUUAGGGAUAAAAAGAGUUGCCUUCUCUUACAUCCAUGAUGUUGGUCCUGGCUGAGAAUUCACUCCCAGUUGUGGGAACUGAAGUUUUUCAAAAAAAAAAACCUUGCAUAGAAGCUUCUUGCAAUCCUGCACUUGGUGCAGCCUGGGGUGGGGGCAGCGGCGGCGAUGCAGUUUUGCCGCAAAUAAGCACACAUCCAUCGGAUAGCUUGUUUCCACCUGCUGCGUCAGUGGCAGUCAAGUUUAGUUGGGUGUUUUUUGUUGUAAAAGUUGUAUAUAAGAACAGCAUGUUGGCUUUGUAAAUACAGAUGAAUGGAUGUUUGAAUGAAUGGCAGAGGGGGAAGGGAGGGCUCUUUGAUAUGAGCCACUGACAAUUGUGCUUCGCCCUACACCUGCAGGACGCCUUCUGCCUUUCUGUGUAUAUAACUUUGUAUUGUAAAGUCCACUGUUUUUUUUUGACAUUUAUAUUUGUCUGUCCCUCCUUUCCAAUUUCCAGUAUGUGACUUUUUUCCAAUUAUUAAUAUAUAUUUAAUAUAUUGAAUAAAAAAAAUACCCAGCGUAGAUAUAA